UAUGAUCCGCCAGGUGGUGCUGUUGGCUGUCCACUUGACAGACCUACCCAAAGCGUGGAGUCUAAGUCCCGGUCUGUGCUUUCACCAGGGCCCCUGAUGGUGGGGAUGGACUUGAAACAGACCAGGACCAGGUCACGACCUCUGAGCAGGCCUGCCAGCGGCAGGGGGAACCACUGGGGAUGUAUGGUACCGGAAGAGCCAGAUGAGAGAGUAGAGUAGUCAGGACAAUCCGGGUCAAAAUGCAGGAGAGAGUAGAAAUCGGCAGGCGGAGAAUCGUCAGGUCACUUGGCAGGGUCAGCAGGAGAAGUCAGUCCGUAGAUAGGUUUUAACAAGCCGGGGGUCAGGAUGGGAGAGAGUAGAGUAGUCAGGACAAUCCGGGUCAAAAUGCAGGAG